AGAAACAAAAAAAGGGUUUACAGUACAUACGAUCAUUAGCAUUAAGUUCAGACAGGAUAGAAAUCUAAGAAUAGGGAGGACUAAAGAUUUUCUGAGAGGAAGUGUUUCGUAUUACUCUUGAAAUACAUACUAUUAUUUGGCUUUUUUUCAAAUAUUUACUUUAAUACCAUCAAAUGUGAGAAAAUUUCUCUUAAAUGUGUAGGUAUUAACGAUAUCCGAUUGCAAGACACACCCUCCCUGGUUUGCCAUCGGCAACCCACAACAAAACUGUUCACCCUCUACCAUAUUCACGAUAUAAUCAAACGUACAUUCAAAAUUUGCAAGUUGUACGGUGUUAAAGUUCGUGGACCCAUGGCAAAUAUCAGAGACUGGAGGCUUGAUAUCGGCGGCUGAAAUUACUAUGAGCAGCUAAUUCCUUUUCCGUUCAGCUAAUCCCCUAGAGAAUGCUCCAUGCACCUUGUUUGCAAAUCUAAAGAGGUCUGUGGCUAAAGGGCUCGGACGCGAAAUGAAUAAUGUUCACAGCUAUAAGGCUAAAGUUUGGAUGCAAAGUGACGUAAGUCCAUAUUGCCAUUGAGCUGUUGAUAUUGCGUAAUCAAAUAAAGCAAGGACAUAAUUUGAUAAAAUAGCGAAAAGACUUCACCAGACAGGCUUAACAAAGGUAGAACAAAGAGUGAUUUUCUGCAAUAUCCUGGCCACGGACAGAACAAGCCUCCAGAGAAGUGCGAAGUACGUUCUGCAACGAGAAUAACGGAAUCAAACAUGAUCAAACGAAGUAUCUUCGGGGCACGGUCACCGCUUUUUCUGAUCGCAGCUGUUAUGGUUGUUUUUUUUGAAGCAGAUAUUUCUGUUUCAGCAAAAGCUGACAGAGCCUUGUUUGCCUUCUCUGUUCGAAACACUCGCUCCAUCGAAUUAGAAUGUGCCAAUCGACUAGAUGAACGAUCGUGCAAUUACCUGGCAAAUAAUGGAUACUGCAAUCUACGGAGAGAAAGCAUGGAGCUUUAUUGCAGAAGAGCGUGUAAAAUGUGCACCGAUCCACCUUGCCAUAUCUCAAAAUAUGGUUGCUGCUUCGACAAUACAACACUAGCAAGAGGACCAAACAUGCUUGGUUGCAAUGAUGACUGCAAAGACCAUCUCGGGAAAUCGUAUUGUACGAAUCUAAAAAGGAGUGGUAAAUGUUACGAAGACCAUGAAAAAGCCAUACGGGAGUGUGCUGUCACUUGUGGAUAUUGCAGACCAUGUGAAGAUGAAGACCCAGUUGGAUGUAUGUUUGCAGCCAAAUACAACGGAUGUUCUUUGAAAAGGGGUGAAAUGACAAAUAUAUGCAGAAAGUCUUGUGAUGCCUGCGGUAAGAAAGACCCUUGCUUUGAAUUUUCCUGCCCAAAAGGCUCGGUCUGCAUGGUUGACGAGAACAUGAGACCAUUUUGCAAAUGUCAUGGUCAUUGUCAUCCUGGAGAUCAUUACACGGGCAUCUUGUGUGGAAGGGACGGAAAAGAAUACAAAAAUAUUUGUGAACUAAAAAAAGUCAAUUGCGGACACCACAGUUUGAGCCGCAUUACUGUGAAGAACUUCGGAAAAUGCCAAUCUCGGGGUUUUGCCGCUUCCGACAAGCGACAACUUUGCAGCAAAAAGGAACCGGUCCUGUGUAGAAAUUGGGCUGCUCGAGGCUAUUGCAAAACGCGGUUGCAAAUUUUAAGAAAAAUGUGUCCUGUAUCCUGUCACGUAUGCGCUGCUCAAGCUUCGAAACCCUCUUGCCACUACACCAAAUUUGGUUGUUGCCUAGACAACAAGACUCCUUGUAAAGGAACAGAUUAUAAAGGAUGUCCAAAAUUUCCUGCCUGUAGAGACUUUGCCAAAACAUUCUGCAAAAGAUUUGUCCCUGUUUGUGGUUCAGACAAUCACAAAGGAAGGAUGGCUCUGUAUUGCCCCAAAUCGUGUGAAAUAUGCCAUUAAAUGAAUGCAUUGGUGAAGCUAGCUGAUAAUAUUAAUGCUGUGCAAUGGAAUUUGGAACAUCGGUCCACAAUUUCGUUGCAGAUUCAGUACAAAGAAAUGUGGUAGAUGGGCCUAAUUCGAAUAUCGUUUGAUGCCUAUUAUACAAGUAGAUGUAGAAGAGACUAGCUCUCAACCAUGAAGUAGCUUACAUUUUUGUUGAGAGGGUAAAUGUGCUCUCAAAUUGAUAUUGUUGGGCGUUCAAAGGAACAUUUGUGCACCAAGUUCCUUUUCGUACAUGACUUCAUGUCAACAAGAGAACCCAUUUGGUUACACUCAGUCCUGUUAUAGUUUUGAGGAGAAGUUUGAGGAGGAGAGUUCAUAUUUUUUGAGACAGGAAGUAAAAGGCGUCAGUUCAAGAUACAACCAGUUCUUUAAAGAAAGUUUUUGCAUGAAUUUUGGUGAAGGUUUAAGUUGCUUUAUACAUCUGCUAAAAGUUUUGUGACGUUCAUCAUACAGUAAUCUUAAGUAGUGUUUGACCUGAAAUCGGCUAGACUUGUUUAGUAGGAUUCAAGGGUCAUUCAUGAAUUCGAUUUCUUCAUAAAUAUCAAUCGAAGCAGACUUAGAUCAUUUAGAGAUAUAUAGAUCCUACAUCAGGAAAACAGGACAAGAUGAAUAGAAAUCCUACGAUGUCUUUACUAAAGAGAUAUGUAGUACUUAUGUUCCCAAGGGUUUUUUGUGUAAAAUACAGCUUUUCCGUUAAGCUUCGGUAGAAUUACAGUUUUAAGAUGCCACUUUAAAUUUUAUAUUAUGAAAUCAUAAUUUUUAAGACGCCAAUAAUGAUAAUGAUGAUAUAGAAUUUCUUCUAAUUAAAGACUCGUUGCUAACAAUGAGCCAUUGCGCUACGCAACCAUCCCAUAAUGCAUUUUUAGACAGUCGGAAAUCAAUUUUGAUUAAUCCGUAGAAGUUUACUGGCAUUGUUUGGAUCGUCGCCACGCUCGCAAAGGCCCAUUGUUAGCAAUGAGUCUUUAAGGUGGGAACUGAAAAUAUGAAUGGGGCCUUUAAGAUGCCCUAAAUUUCUGACGAUACUGUUUUCUGCUGUUCCUAUUGUUUUGCAAAGUUAUAGGUUUUUAGAGAGCUUUUUAAGUAAGCCUUUCCUAUUCUCUGUUAACUUUUAAGUCUCAAGGAAAACAGCUUUUCGUUAGAAGGAAGCGUCAGAAUUUUGAAAAUCCCAACUCUUUGUUAAUUUAAAUAUUUUGCUUUUUAUCAUAUAUUUAUAUGCCAUAGACAAUUAGUUUUUUUUCUUGAUAAUUGUAAAGUAAUUUUUUGGCUUAUCGUUGCCACCAAAAUCCCUUUUUAUUUUGAUAACCAA